GCCGCGCCGGGGCCGGGGCCGAGGCCGGGGCCAGGGCCGGGGCCGGUGCGGGCGGCGGGGCCCGCCGGUCGGCCGGCGCCAUGGGCACGGUGCUGUCGCUGUCGCCGAGCUACCGGAAGGCCCCGCUGUUCGAGGAGGGGGCGGCCACGGUGGGGCACUACACGGCGGUGCAGAACAGCAAGAACGCGAAGGAGAAGGGCCUGAAGCGGCACUCGCUGAUCUCGGUGCUGCCCUGGAAGCGCAUCGCCGCCGUCUCCGCCAAGAAGAAGAGCUCCAAGAAGGUGCAGCCCAACGGCGGCUACCAGAGCAACGUGACCCACCUCAACAACGAGAACCUGAAGAAAUCGCUCUCCUGCGCCAACCUCGCCACCUUCGCCCCCCCGCCGCCCCCCGCCGCCGCCGCCGCCGCCCUCGCCUCGGCGCAAAAGGCUCCUCCGGCCGCGCCCGCCGCCGCCGCCGCCACCCCGCGCCGGGUCGUGGUGCAGGCGUCCACCAGCGAGCUGCUGCGCUGCCUGGGCGAGUUCCUUUGCCGCCGCUGCUACCGGCUGAAGCACCUCUCGCCCACCGACCCCGUGCUCUGGCUGCGCUCCGUGGACCGCUCGCUGCUGCUGCAGGGCUGGCAGGACCAGGGCUUCAUCACGCCGGCCAACGUGGUCUUCCUCUACAUGCUGUGCCGGGAUGUCAUCUCGGCCGAGGUGGCAAGCGACCACGAACUGCAGGCAGUGCUGCUCACCUGCCUGUACCUCUCCUACUCCUACAUGGGCAACGAGAUCUCCUACCCGCUCAAGCCCUUCCUGGUGGAGAGCUGUAAGGAGGCCUUCUGGGACCGCUGCCUCUCCAUCAUCGACCUCAUGAGCCCCAAGAUGCUGCAGGUCAACGCCGACCCGCACUACUUCACCCAGGUCUUCGCCGACCUCAAGAAGGAAAGCGGCUCCGAGGAGAAGGGGCGGCUGCUCAUCGGCCUCGACCGGUGAGCGCCUGCCAGGUCCCGGGGAUGCUCCGGCCCCGGGGAUGCUCCGGCCCCGAUCCCUCCUGGACACGCAUCGCUCGCCUCGGCCCGGAGCCGCUUCCCGGCGGCUUUUCCAAGCAGGGAAACGCUGGAGCUACUGCCGCUUCCCCCGGGAUGGGGGGAACACGGGGUGUGGGGGGGUCGUCCGCCGCCGGACCGGAGCGCAGACCCCCGCUUUUCCCACUCCACCCCCUGAACCAUCGCCCCCUCCCCAUCCUUCGGGCCCGAGACUGCUGCGGUUCCCCCACCGGAUUGAUUCAGCAAAUCGUGGAUGGAGGCGGGGGAGCAUCUCCGCAUCGAGCACCCCCCCAACACCUCCCCGAGCCCCGCGGAAAGCGGAGCGGGGCUCCGCGGGCUGGGGGCGGGCACCGCAUCACAAAGACCAGGUAGGG